AUGACCAACACCAAAGGUUACCGUCGUGGUACUCGCCACAUGUUCGCCCGCCCUUUCCGUAAGCAUGGAACAAUCCCUCUCUCUACUUACAUGAAAGUCUACAAAAGGGGACAGAUUGUCGAUGUGAAAGGCAACGGUGCUGUCCAGAAAGGUAUGCCCCACAAGUCCUAUCACGGACGUACGGGUCGAGUGUACAACGUUAGCCAACACGCCGUCGGUGUGAUCAUAAACAAAAGAGUCAAACAUCGGAUCAUCCCCAAAAGAAUUAAUCUCAGAAUUGAACACGUGAAGCCUUCCAAGUGCCAGGAAGAUUUCUUCAAGCGGAUAGCUGAAUGCCAGAAACUGAAAGCCGAAGCUAAAGCCAAAGGCAUCCGUGUUUCUCUCAAGAGAAAACCAGAAGGACCCAAGAAGAAGCACUUCGUCAAUAUCACCAAAAAUAAGCCAAUCGUACUGGAACCAAUCCCAUACGAAUUUGUCGCAUAA